CUGUAUGCUUCCAGAACAUUUCGUUUUGUGUUUCUAUACGGAAGCAGUUUGAGAGUGCACCCUCAGAAACGGCCGCCGCAUUUUUGAAAACAUGGCAGCACAGAUGGCAGCCACGAAGGUUCCUGAGGUGCGUGACAUCACCAGGAUAGAGAGAAUCGGAGCACAUUCUCACAUCCGUGGCCUUGGAUUGGAUGAUGCCUUGGAACCUCGUCAGGUUUCCCAGGGGAUGGUGGGCCAGCUGGCAUCACGCCGAGCAGCAGGAUUGAUCCUGGAGAUGAUCAAGGACGGGCACAUCGCUGGACGAGCCGUUCUCAUCGCUGGCCAACCAGGCACCGGAAAAACCGCCAUCGCCAUGGGUAUCGCUCAGUCUCUCGGGCAGGACACGCCUUUCACGGCUAUUGCCGGAAGUGAGAUCUUCUCUUUGGAAAUGAGUAAAACCGAAGCCCUCAGUCAAGCGUUCCGGAAAGCCAUCGGAGUGAGGAUCAAGGAAGAGACGGAGAUCAUCGAAGGAGAAGUUGUAGAGAUUCAAAUCGACAGGCCUGCAACUGGAACAGGUGCCAAGGUGGGCAAACUGACCCUGAAGACGACAGAAAUGGAGACCAUUUACGACCUGGGCAGCAAAAUGAUCGAGAGCCUCAGUAAAGAACGAGUGCAAGCAGGGGAUGUGAUCACAAUCGAUAAAGCCACAGGAAAGAUCACCAAGCUCGGCCGCUCCUUCACCCGGGCCAGAGACUACGACGCUAUGGGAGCACAGACGCAGUUUGUCCAGUGUCCUGAGGGGGAGCUGCAGAAGCGGAAGGAGGUGGUGCACACGGUCUCCCUCCACGAAAUUGACGUCAUCAACAGCCGCACUCAAGGCUUCCUCGCUCUCUUCUCAGGCGACACUGGAGAGAUCAAGUCAGAAGUCCGGGAACAGAUCAACGCGAAGGUGUCGGAGUGGAGAGAGGAGGGGAAGGCCGAGAUCAUACCAGGGGUGCUCUUCAUCGAUGAGGUCCACAUGCUGGACAUUGAGUGCUUUUCUUUUCUGAACCGAGCCCUGGAGAGUGAUCUGUCUCCGGUCCUUAUCAUGGCUACAAACCGAGGAAUUACCCGGAUCCGUGGAACAAACUACCAGAGCCCUCACGGAAUCCCUAUCGACAUGCUGGAUCGCCUGCUGAUCAUCGCCACGUCCCCCUACACAGAGAAGGAGACCCGUCAGAUCCUCAAAAUCCGGUGUGAGGAGGAGGACGUGGAGCUGAGCGAAGAGGCGCACACGGUGCUGACCCGCAUCGGCCUGGAGACGUCCCUGCGCUACGCCAUACAGCUCAUCAGCACCGCCGGGCUGGUGUGCCGCAAGCGAAGGGGCACAGAAGUACAAGUGGAAGACAUAAAGAGGGUCUACUCACUCUUCCUGGACGAGUCUCGAUCCUCACAGUACAUGAAAGAGUACCAGGACUCCUUCCUCUUCAACGAAACGCAAGGAACUCAGAUGGAAACUUCCUAGUGAAGCGGAUUCGACAAUUCUGUAUUUUUUUUUACUGUGAUGCCCUUUCAUUGUCCGUGUACGCCCUUGUACAUGUCUGACCUUUUCAAGGUCGCAAUGCAAUGUUUCUGAAACUUCCUGUAAUGUGGGUUUUAGCCCAGUUGAAAUUCAUUUUGUUCAUUUUUUUCAUUAAGCUCCUUCCUUCUUCAUCUUAAUCUUUCUCAUGCUUGACUUUUAUAGGUUGCUUAUUUUCAGUUUACGUUGUGUAGCUUGAGUACUCUGGGCAGGGAUAGCGUUUCCUGCCCAAGCCUGCCGUGUCUAAAGUCUUGCAAAACGGUGGAAAAAAAUAAAUAAAUUGUUCAAAAAACAAA